AUGGCUCAAAAUCAAAGCACUGAGAAAUCUACCGUCCUUCCAGGAGGUGAUGAAAAUACCACUAGUGGUUUGACCCCAAUUGGUCAUGUUGCCCAAGAUGGCGUGACUAAGUUGACUACUCAAGGUAGCACUGCUCUUCCUACCAACUUGACUGGUAUGGUUGGCCCUAGUGGCGUUGGUGUGACCACUCCGAUGGCACCCACUGUGGGAACAGUUGAUCCCAUGACUGGUCGUGUGAAUUCUGUGGUUUUGGGAGAAAAACCAGAGAAAUUCAAUGGUACUGAUUUCAAGAGGUGGGAACAAAAGAUGCAGUUAUACUUGUCCACUUGUGGGCUUUCAAAAUACCUCACAGAAGUGUGUCCUGCCAUAAGUGCGGAUGAGUCGAAUCCUUCUAUUGCUGUUGUUGUGCAAGCAUGGAUGUAUGGAGACUAUCUAUGCAAAAACCAUUCCCUUAAUGGAUUGGUGAACUCACUCUACGGUGUGUAUUGUAAGAUAUCCACCACUAAGAAAUUGUGGGAAGCUCUUCACAAGAAGUACAAGACCGAGGAUGCCGGCAUAAAGAAAUUUGUGGUGAGCCGGUUUUAUGACUUCAAAAUGGUAGACUCAAAGUUUGUUGUUGCACAAGUGGAAGAGUUUCAACUUCUCAUGCAUGAAAUUGAAGCAGAAGGAAUGAACUUGAGUGAGGCUUUCCUAGUAGGAACAGUCAUAGAGAAAUUACCUCCUGGGUGGAGUGACUACAAAAAUCGCUUGAUGCACAAAACGAAGAAGAUGAAUAUGGAGGAUCUAAGCCUUCAUCUGAGGCUUUAA